CUAUUACAACCCUCUGCUAGUUACGGUCACAAUACGUUGUCAGACUAUUGCACAAGUUACAGUAACUCUCACUGUGAGUUUAUAAUUGUGUUAUAGAUUUUUUUUUUUAACGAUAAAUCCAGCGGUGGGAGGGAGUGGAGGCAGGCAAGAGCACAGCCGGUCUCAUCCUGUUUCCUUUGAGUUCACUGACUGGGAUAAAGUGGAAUUUGAGAGUUAAGACAAAGCGGCUGCCAUUGGCCUGAGCCUCCGCCCUGGUCAUUCUUUCUGGAUAAAACAUCGCCGGAGGCAUGGAUUCUCAGCUCCUGUUAUGAGUUACUGCCAAAGAAGACUCCAAUGUGUGUUCAGCAACAUCUCCUGAGUACAGUUAUACCACCUAUAGAAAUGACUCUAAAUACAGGAAAUAUAAAUUUCAAAUGGGACCCGAAAAGCUUAGAAAUACGGACUUUAGCAGUUGAGCGGUUGCUUGAGCCACUAGUUUCUCAGGUGACAACCUUGGUAAACUCAAGUAACAAAGGCCCGUCCAAUAAGAAGAAAGGCCGUUCUAAGAAAGCUCAUGUUUUGGCUGCAUCUGUUGAACAAGCAACCCAAAAUUUCUUAGAGAAAGGAGACAAGAUUGCGAAGGAAAGUCAGUUCCUCAAAGAAGAGCUUGUUGCAGCAGUAGAAGAUGUUCGUAAACAGGGUGACUUGAUGAGAGGUUCCUCUGGAGAAUUUGCUGAUGAUCCUUGCUCUUCAGUGAAACGUGGAAGCAUGGUCCGAGCAGCACGUGCUUUGUUGUCAGCAGUGACUAGGUUACUUAUUCUGGCAGACAUGGCUGAUGUUUAUAAACUACUUGUACAGCUGAAAGUGGUUGAAGAAGGAAUAGUAAAACUAAGAAAUGCUGGCACUGAGCAAGAUUUAGGAAUCCAGUACAAAGCACUAAGGGCUGAAGUGGACAAAUUAAAUGCAAUGACUGUAAAACGUCAGCAGGAACUGAAAGAUGUGGGUCACAGAGAUCAGAUGGCUGCAGCCCGUGGGAUUCUGCAGAAGAACAUCCCUAUACUUUACACAGCUUCACAGGCAUGUCUACAGCAUCCAGAUGUAGCAGCAUACAAGGCCAAUAGGGACUUGAUCUAUAAACAGCUUCAGCAAGCAGUCACUGGCAUCUCAAAUGCUGCACAAGCGACUUCAUCUGAGGAGAGUGCUAAUCAGCCAGGAGGUGGAGAGUUAGCCUAUGCUCUCAACAAUUUUGAUACACAAAUCAUUGUGGAUCCUUACAGCUUCAGUGAAGAACGAUUUAGGCCUUCCCUGGAGGAACGCCUAGAGAGCAUAAUCAGUGGAGCAGCCCUAAUGGCAGAUUCGUCCUGCACACGUGAUGACCGUCGGGAACGUAUAGUGGCUGAAUGUAAUUCAGUUCGACAAGCUUUGCAAGACCUGCUUUCAGAGUACAUGGGAAAUACUGGACGUAAAGAGAGAAGUGAUGCGCUCAAUUCUGCUAUAGACAAAAUGACAAGAAAGACCAGAGACUUACGUAGACAGCUGCGUAAGGCUGUUAUGGACCAUGUUUCUGACUCUUUUCUGGAGACCAAUGUGCCACUGCUUGUGUUGAUUGAAGCAGCAAAGAAUGGAAAUGAGAAAGAAGUUAAAGAAUAUGCCCAAGUGUUUCGUGAACAUGCAAAUAAACUUAUUGAGGUUGCCAAUCUGGCGUGCUCAAUAUCCAACAAUGAAGAAGGAGUAAAGCUUGUUCGUAUGUCUGCUAGUCAGCUUGAAGCGCUUUGCCCUCAGGUGAUCAAUGCAGCUUUGGCAUUAGCAGCCAAGCCACACAGUAAAGUUGCCCAAGAGACCAUGGAUCUUUUCAAAGAGCAGUGGGAGAGACAAGUACGUGUUCUGACUGACGCUGUUGAUGAUAUUACAUCAAUUGAUGACUUCUUGGCUGUUUCAGAGAACCAUAUUUUGGAAGAUGUCAACAAAUGCGUCAUAGCUCUACAAGAGAAGGAUGUUGAUGGUCUAGAUCGUACAGCUGGUGCAAUUCGAGGUCGUGCUGCAAGAGUCAUACAUGUUGUUACUUCUGAAAUGGAUAAUUAUGAACCUGGUAUUUACACAGAGAAAGUUUUAGAAGCCACCAAGCUUCUUUCAAACACAGUAAUGCCAAGUUUCACGGAACAAGUGGAAGCUGCAGUUGAGGCUCUCAGUGGAAAUACAAAUCAGCCAAUGGAUGAAAAUGAAUUCAUUGAUGCAUCACGUCUAGUGUAUGAUGGCAUUCGUGACAUCCGAAAAGCAGUACUGAUGAUAAGAACUCCGGAGGAGUUGGAUGAUUCUGACUUUGAGACUGAGGACUUUGAUGUGAGAAGCCGAACCAGCGUGCAGACUGAGGAUGACCAGUUGAUUGCCGGUCAAAGUGCAAGAGCUAUAAUGGCUCAGCUUCCACAGGAACAAAAAGCUAAAAUUGCUGAACAAGUUGCAAGCUUCCAAGAAGAAAAAAGUAAAUUGGAUGCUGAAGUGUCUAAGUGGGACGACAGUGGAAAUGAUAUCAUUGUAUUAGCUAAACAAAUGUGCAUGAUAAUGAUGGAAAUGACAGAUUUUACAAGAGGAAAGGGGCCAUUGAAAAAUACAUCUGAUGUUAUUAGUGCUGCUAAGAAGAUUGCAGAGGCUGGAUCAAGAAUGGAUAAGUUGGGAAGAGCAAUCGCUGACCAAUGCCCAGACUCUGCUUGUAAACAAGAUCUCCUAGCAUACCUGCAGCGUAUUGCCUUGUAUUGCCAUCAGUUAAAUAUCUGCAGCAAAGUCAAGGCUGAAGUUAAUAACCUGGGUGGUGAACUUGUUGUUUCUGGAGUGGACAGUGCCAUGUCCUUAAUACAAGCUGCCAAAAACUUAAUGAAUGCUGUAGUACAAACGGUUAAAGCUUCCUAUGUAGCUUCCACCAAGUAUCAAAAGUCCCAAGGAAUGGCAUCUCUGAAUCUUCCAGCCGUCUCAUGGAAAAUGAAGGCUCCAGAGAAGAAACCUCUUGUCAAACGAGAAAAACAAGAUGAAACGCAAACUAAAAUAAAACGUGCAUCACAGAAAAAACAUGUCAACGUUGUUCAGGCUCUCAGUGAAUUCAAAGCUAUGGAGAGCAUAUAAAUAUAUGUAUUUAGAAUCAACUAUCUUUUAUUUACAUUACUUUUUUUUUUUUUUAUGUUUUUGAUUCACUAAAAAUUGCGUAAUAUAAUUAAAAUAUUGUGUGUCUUAUCUGGUGAUAAAUAGUUUGAGUGUGAGUGAAAUAUUUUGAUGGGGAAAAACAUUUUAGUAGCAUUUAUACUCAGAUCUUUCAUACUCAUUUUUACUUUACUCAACAUCUAAGAGCAUUCGCUCAAAUUUUAAAAUAACUUUAUAUGUACCACUUAUAUUGAAUGAUUUUUCCCCUCAAUUUUUUAUGAAAAACCCUUUAAUUUCCACUACAAUCUUUUGAUAGCAAGUACUGCCAGAAUAUUUUAAAUGCUUUGUAUAGAUUAAAAAUAAAAGAUUUUAUUGUAUACAAGACUGGGGCACAAAAUGCUACAUUUAAUUUGAAAUGUGUGUUUGUGAGUUGUUAAUAAAGCUACUUUUUUUAGUUA